UGUGUUCAUUGUUUGUUUUAACUACGAGUUAUUAGGAAGACGAAGUGUGCAUUGUUCGUUGUUCAUCGGUAAUGGCGUCCACGACUAUGACGGCGAGGGAACAUGUGGAGGAGAUACGGAGGACGAAGUUUUCCAUCGGUGGAGACCCGAAUCCCUUAACGGAGGAUCUUCAUCAGGCGGUUAAGAAUCUGUCUGCUGAGCUUUACGCUAAAGACGUCCACUUCUUCAUGGAACUAAUCCAGAACGCGGAGGAUAACGAGUAUCCGGAAGGGGUUGAUCCAUCAUUGGAAUUUGUGAUCACGUCAAAGGACAUAACAAACACCGGAGCUCCGGCGACGUUGUUAGUAUUCAAUAACGAGAAAGGGUUUUCCCGUAAGAACAUCGAUUCGAUUUGUAGUGUUGGUCGAUCUACCAAGAAAGGUCUUCGUAAGCGUGGUUAUAUUGGCGAGAAAGGUACUUCUCAUUUUUUAUUAUAUUGUUGA